AUGGAGGCGAGUGGUUUUGGCGACGACUAUUCCGACGACGAUUCCGACUACGACUAUUCCGACUAUUUUACAUUCUUUUCUGUGUGGCCGAAUCCCACAGUCACAAAAGAUUGCGCCGCCUCUUCUGCGCCGUCUCGGCCUCACGUCCAUGUCCGCUUCUCUCACCGCACAGCUGACAACUUUGACGAUGAUGUUGGGUACGGGGAAGAAUCACAAACCAUAUGCCUGAGCGACGACUUGCUGGCGGAGGGGUCGAACCGGUUGCUGGACGAUUGCCGGGAUUUCAUCUUCUGCGAAGGGCUGAGUGACUGGCCUAUUGACUUCGGCACCGUCAUUGACAUCGCCGACGAUGUGAUCGAGAAAGCAAGGCAGUUUAAGUGUAAUCUUCAGGUUGACAUGUGGUCGGUUCAGAUUCGAGGUUCCGACGACAUUCAAGAAACGUACGAGGAUGAUCGAGAUUUCGGAGCGGCAGCGGAGGGUGUAAAUGGCACCGCCGCCGCCUCCGAUGGCGGUUUCGAAGUGAGGUCGUUAAAGAGGAAGAGAAUAGAGUGCGGCGGUAAUCGUUGCGUUAUUUGCUUGGAGGAGUUAACGGAGGGGACAGAUGCGGCUGUGAUGCCGUGCAGCCAUAACUCAUUUCACGACGACUGCCUCUCAUCUUGGGUGGAGAUAAGCCCUUCCUGCCCUCUCUGCCGUCGUAAGAUGUCUGCUCCUGCCGCCGCUCCGGCGGAUUCUCGUCCUUAA